AUGUCGUCUGAGGCUGGAGCAUCCAAUACUCAUGCCGUAUUUCGGGCGAGACAAAGCUUGACUGAAGUUUUCGUGUUCUUCCUCUUGAUCCUCAACCCCAUCGCAGUAUUUGCUACGACGGCCGCAUUGACGGGCACCAUAUCUUGCUCCGUACAAAUAUUCUUCGCCUGGGGAGUUAAAAUCCUGACUUCAAAUCUUUGGCUGGUCACCGUGGUCGUCGCAGCCACAAUGGUGGGUGCUAUUAGAGCCAUUGCCAGUACUGUUGAAGCGAUAAGUAUAGGUUCAUUCCUCCGAUUUCAGGAAAUCAAGCUCGUUGGCGCUUGUGCCGCAGAUAUUCUGAUCACCGCUAUUCUUGUUUGGCAUCUGUAUGAUCUCUCAGUACAUCUUCUCACGUCGUCGGUUUUUUCUUUUCCUUUGGCAACUAUCCAGAUCGGCUUGCUCACUUCCGUUUGUGCGGUCGUUGGUUUGAUCGUAUAUCUCGUGGACGUGAUCAACAGGACUUCAUCUCCUCUUCAACUUCCCCUUAUCAAAACUGUACACCAAUACCCUGUUGAGCAGUCUCGAUUCCAGGGGAGGUUAGGCAAAAUGUUUACUUCACCGCUGCAACCCGCCCGCUCUAACAUGUCCCUCACGCAGGUUGUCCGUUUCGGCACAAAUAGUCGGCUCGAAGUCUUCGUAUCUGAUGAACAGCAUGAACUAGCGGAUGUUGCACGAGCGACAGACAUGGAAGACAUCAAAUUGACUGACGAUGCUAGUACGGCAAGCCGUGAAACUUGGGAAGCCGUUGGCCAAAAGUCAAAAUAA